AUGUCUUAUAAUCACAACGCAGCAGACAACACCUUCUGGUACCCUCGCCCCUCCGCUGCUAGCCUGAAUAGCAAUAGCACAGCUGAAGGAUCGCAGACUACCGCGAGCACUCUUGCGACUCCUGUAGAUCCUCAAGAAGACUGGCCCAUUCGCAAUAGCCAGGAUGUGGAAAGUCCACUCGAAUUCUACAACCCGAAUUUAGACCAAUUGCCAAACCCUCUCUCUGCCCCAUUCCCAAUGCCAUUUACUUCUAGUAUCACCAAUCCAAAUGGCAACACCUUUGGCACAGAAGGAUACGGAGCUUUCCCGAACAUGGAAGACCAGAGAAUGGAUACACGCCUUAGUCAGGAUGGCUUUUCGCCCUUCGGCAAUGCAGUCUGGGGAAACAGGCCUGAUAACGUUGCUGGCGGUGGCGACUCGUUCGAUCUACAGCACUUCAUCGAAAGAUAUGGUCUUAAUUCCACUAUGACUCGCUUCGAUACGCCAACCCCUUUGGCACACCCGGCAGAUAAUCAGAAUUUAUCUGAGAAGAGUGGUGCACCUACAGCUGCAAAACCAUCAAAUGAUGUCGGCAUAUCUUCUUCCAAUUCUUCGGCUCAAUUUACAAGCGGUGCCCAAGAUGCGGAAGCUCCACGACAAGAUUCGUCGGAACAAAGUGGACAGUACCAAGCCAAUACUUUUGACGAAGGCCUCCCACCCACUAUGGAUGCCUCUCAACAAUCCGAUAGACUAGACACCCCACCAAAGGUUACCAAUGCUGGUCUUGGAGGUCCGGGAACUGUGAGACAGUCAGGUCCGCUUCGACUUCUUGCACCUGUGCCGUCAACCGCCAUAUCAGAACAGCGCAUGCCGCAGAGCCAACGUCCACCCAAAAGGCGAGGCACACGAUCUCAGAGCAGUUCUUCCCAACUGAGCAACCCACGGAUCUCCUUUGAAUCCUUGGUUCCAAAUAGGUUAAGCCCUGCAACCGCUGCCUUCGCCAAUGUCGCUCCCGCAACACAAUUCAUGGAGUCACUUUCCAGUGUGCACCUCCUAGAUAGCAUAGCGUGUGUCGAUCUCUUGAUGCGUUCUGAACUUGUCAAGGACUACCUCAAGCCUCACCUUUCCGCCAAGUACAAGGAAGGUCUUGCGAAUGGCGCAAGGCUUGCGGCAAGAAGUCGUCUCGGUAUGGAUGACAAGAUCAACGAGAUGAGCAGAAAGUAUGAGGAUCAGAAUGUGCAGCGGAAAAUUGUGUUCCAGGACAAGAAUAUCAAGAAUGAGCGACGCAAGAGGGAACGUGCCGCUGGUGUGAAUGGUAGUGGCAUGAUGACUGAUGCUUCUGAAACUGGCGAAAUGACACCCAGUGGUAGCAAACGUCGCCACCAAAAAUCUGGUCCUGAUAAUAGCUCGUUCGAUGUUGACAGUGAUUCAUUCACCCCUCCUCGAACUUCACCAAAGAAGCCUCGACUCCCCAAAAUGACGCCUUCAGAUCUCGUCAAUAAAUUCUGCUGCGAGGUGAACAUCGAAAAUCGGAAUCCAUUCUUCGAUGACCCUAUCCACACUCAGCUGCGUAGUCUCAGCCUUGUCCGUCUUAUCGACCCUGCACAAGAGUAUACUGCACUCAAUGGCGAGAUCUCUGACACUAAUGUAGAGCAUUGGCGUGCUUGUGCGGGACAGGCUGCUGGUCAAGUGAUGGACAAUGAACAAACUUGCAGGCAGUGUGCUGAUCAUAUCGGAGAUGGCACUGUGCCCUUUGCAAGCUGUGUCAUUAUUGACGACGCUCGAUCAGCUGGAAGAGAACUCCAAGGUGCAUGUAUGAACUGCGUAUACCUUGGAAAGGAUCGAGAAUGCAGUCUUCGGCGUGUUUAG